AUGUCUUACACCUCAUACUCCGAUGCGCGGAUAUCGCGUGCCUUCCGGCCCGUUCCACGCCUCGUCUUGAAAUCUCCAGAACGCGAAGUCGCUUUUCGAACCGAACAUGUCGUGCGAGCGAAAACGACCUUGAUCCUCAAACCCGCACGCGAUGAUAGCUUAGAGGUCGGAUAUCGCAUCGUCCAUGAAGAUAACAACCCCGCAUUUACCGUGACCGGUCGGAAAUUCGGCGAUCGCUCUUGUCGAGAGUUUCGCGAUGCGUCGGGUCUGCCUUUGUUCGAUAUACACAGGUGGUCGGCGCUUUCGGUCCCGUUUCAUUGGUAUUUCACUAUGCCUGGCAGCGACAGGAAAUCGAAGAUAGCUACGGCUGAUACACAAACGUCGUUGAAAGGCGGUGAUUUGAAGUUCACUUUUCAAAAUCUGGCUGCUAGUGAUUUGAAAAUGGAGAGCGAGAAGGAUGUCACGCUCAUGGUGAGGCGGCAUGGGGAAGCACUGAGACUCUUUGACAUUAUUGAUGGCGAUCGGAGGAUUGGUGAAGUGCGAGAGAGCAUUCGUCACAAUGAGAAGCUAUAUUUAACGAAACGCUCGAGGCGGCAGGGAUUCCGACCGGCUUUGGAAAUUAUCAUUGUUCCUGGUGUAGAUGCCACCCUGGUAUGA